AUGAGCAAAGGAAGACUGAGGCAGGUCCAUGCGGCAUUCGCCGGUGGGUUUGGGUCCCUAGUGAUGGGGGCCCUGAACGUGUGGCCAUCAUACACAUCGGAGUUAUACUCUUCAAACACGACCACACCAUUAUCAGCUCCUAUGACAAAGGGUGAAGAAGCCAUGUUAGGUAGUCUACCUUCGUUAGGUGCUAUGGUGGGUACAGCCAUCGCUGGUACAUUAAUCAAUUCUUUGGGAAGGAGAAACGGUGGUGUGAUUUUGUCUUUACCGUUCGUGCUAUCAUGGGCAGUAGUAUCAGUAACAUCUUCAAUAAACCUGAUCUUAGCAGCGAGGUUCUUUGCGGGAGUUGCUGGAGGUGGCUUCUUGGUGUUAGCACCGAUCUUCACAUCAGAAGUAGCUGAAGAUUCUAUAAGAGGAGCACUAGCCUCAGCAUCAAUUUAUUUAUACUGCCUGGGAACUCUGAUGUCGUACGUCGUCGGCUGGUUCCUAACAUAUAGAACAAUAAUCUGGCUGCAGCUAAUACUCAGUAUUGUAUGCACUGUCCUCAUAUUGUUGGUUGUGGAGAGCCCCGUAUAUUUGUUAAAGAAGAAUAGAGAAGAGGAUGCAAAAGAAGCGAUUGCAAAGUACAGGUCGGUGUCUUCUACCUCUAUGGUGGUGCUGGAUGAGCUGUCCCGGCUGAAGCACCAGAUCAUGCCAGCAGUGGAACUUGUGUCAGUAACUGAAGUAGACCCGAAGGCUGAAGAGGCUGAAAAACAAAAAUUAAAUAAUGAAGAUAUUCACGAAACAAAGAAAAUGUCGCCAUUAAAAAUUUUAUUUGUGGCAGCAGCAUCAAGACGUGCCUUCAUGGUGGUUACCAUUGCGAUCACACUACAGGUCUUCAUGGGUAUAGUUCCAGUGCAAGUGUACGCAAAGACAGUGUUCACUCAGACCGACCCAACCAAGUCAGAUCUGUACACCGUGCUCUUUGCUGUCAUCCAGUUCUGUGGAGCUAUGACUUCAGCUCUUGUUGCUGACAAAGCCGGUAGACGGGUCCUAAUAAUAUCAUCAUCAAUCCUGGUCAGUCUCUGUAUGGCUGGUCUGGGCUUCCUCCUGCAAUCAAAGACAGCUCCUGCAUGGGUCACAGUGGUGUUACUCAUGGCGUACUGCUUCUCAUUCCUGAUUGGAGCUGGUACCAUACCUUAUGUGUUGCUAGCUGAGGUCUUUGAAUCUGAGGUCCAAGGCAUAGCUUCAAUGAUAAUCAUAGAAUGGGUGUGGUUCCUCAACUUCUUCAUUCUGGGUGUCUUCCCAUACAUGAUCAGCAUUUUUGGCAUCUACGGCUGUUUCUACGUGUUUGGGGCAGUAGCCCUUCUCAAUGCUGUCCAGUCAUUCAUCUUAGUACCAGAAACUAAAGGAUUAUCUAACGCACAGAUCCAGGAUUUGUUUAGAAUGCGAAAAAAGAAUUAA